AUGGAUUUGACAGUAGCGGCCCUGGACCAGGCCCAGGCCUUGUAUGUUCGCGCCAACUCGACUUCCUCCUCCUCCUCCUCUUCCUCCUCCUCGCAACCCGCAUCAUACAAGGCAAUCGGCAUUGCACUGGCCAUCUCCUCCGGUGUCUUCAUCGGCAUAUCCUUCGUCAUCAAAAAGAUCGGUCUUCUCAAAGCAAACGUGAAAUACAACGAGGAGGCAGGCGAAGGCUAUGGAUAUCUGAAGAACCUCUGGUGGUGGACCGGCAUGACCCUGAUGAUCAUCGGCGAAACCUGCAACUUUGUCGCUUACUGUUUCGUCGAUGCCAUCCUGGUGACACCCAUGGGCGCUUUAUCUGUCGUUGUGACCACCAUUCUAUCCGCCAUUUUCCUCAAAGAGCGGCUCAGUUUUGUGGGUAAGAUAGGCUGCGUUAAUUGCAUCAUCGGUGCGACGGUCAUAGCGCUGAAUGCCCCGUCGGAAGCCUCAGUGAGUGAUAUACAGGGCAUGCAGCAUUAUGUCCUCCAGCCGGGUUUCCUGGUGUAUGCUGGUAUCAUUAUUGUUGGCUGUCUGUUCACCGCACUGUGGGCCGGUCCCCGGUAUGGUAAACGCAGCAUGUUCGUUUAUAUCACCGUCUGCAGUCUUAUCGGCGGGCUUAGUGUUGUUGCGACCCAGGGUUUGGGGGCGUCAAUUCUGGCGCAGAUCAGAGGAGAGUCGCAGUUCAAGCAUUGGUUUCUUUACGUGUUGUUGGUCUUUGUGGUGUGUUCUUUGCUGACCGAGAUCAUCUAUCUCAAUAAAGCAUUGAAUAUCUACAACGCCGCUCUCGUGACCCCGACCUACUACGUCAUGUUCACUAGCUCGACCAUCAUUACAUCCGCCGUUCUGUUCCAAGGCUUUGCGGCUUCCGCAAUGGCCAUAGUUACUAUUGUCAUGGGAUUCCUGACGAUAUGCUCGGGCGUGGUGCUGUUGCAGCUGUCCAAAUCAGCCAAGGAUGUUCCUGAUGCCGCAGUCUUCAAAGGCGAUUUGGAUCAGAUAAGAGAAGUCAGUGAGCAGGAGGCUCCUGAAAUGGAGCCAAAGGCAGACGCAAUUCGAGGCGCGGCUGCGAUCAUUCGCCGGAUCUCGGUAUCCAGACAAAAGAUGGAAGAGGAAGAGGCCAAGCGGUUCUUUAGGGAAAAACAAGAAGACCAAAUGAGCCAACCGGGCGACAACGAGGUGGUCGAGUGGGAUGGACUCAGACGGCGCAAGACUGUCAUUGGCGACCACCCAACAAUGACGCCCAGAUCAAACCGCUCUGUGCGGACUCCUCACCCACCUUUGGGCAUGGCCCAUUUUCCGGACGAAGACGACAAGCCGCCUCGCACGCCUAGUGGCAACAACUCGUUCUUUGCCGACGUGCGCAGUCGAGCCUCCACCAUUUUGCAUCAUCCGUUACACCGGCGGCUAGAAGCUGAUGAAGAUGAAGUGCCAAUUGCCGUGCAUCCAGUGGCAUUGACGGAAAUUGCGUUGAACAAGAACAGUCAGGGCAUCGAUACUGCUUAUCAUGGACGCGGCGGUGACGGAGGAUUAGAGCCUCCAUUCCAGCCCCAAACCGGCAGAGAACGCAGCAACACGCCCAGGUCGAUUGUCUGGGCAGACGAGCGACCGGAUACAUCGCCGGCCCGGAACAGUCAUCUCACGCCUGAGCCACCGCCGCAAUAUGCUCGACGACAGUUCUCAUUUACAUCGAUAUUCGGGCGUAAAAGGUCAGCCGAAAGCCUGUCUCAUCCGCCAAUCAGUCCUGGGCGCAGUAUCCUGCGGCAUACUGCUGAGAGGGGGCAAGAUUACCGUCGUGCAGUCAAGGCUGCUACUGAAGAAGAACGACUGGGGCUAGUCAAGGGAGACCCGCAAUCAUCAAACAUGCAUCACGAAGAGGAUAUAGAAGAAGAUGGCGACGAGGUUAGAUACGAUGAGAAAACGAUAGUUCGGUCAGCCUCCCCUGAGAUGUUUGAUGCGGCCAUUGGCCAAGCUUUAGAGGAUGUGAAGCGCCAGUACAAUCCUCCUCGACCUCACCAGAUCUCUACAUCAUCGUCGAUGUCGACGACAACUUUUCCUGCCUACGAAGACAUGCAUCAUUAUUAUGAACAUGCCGGACACGGUCCUGAGCCCGGACAGUUCGGAGGGUACCAAUCAAUUCGUCGACUUUCCUCACCACCACCGCCUCCUGAACCAUUUAUCUCUACCACGCCCCAAACACACUAUCUUCCUUCGUCCUCAAUUUCAACCGGCAAAAAGAAGCGAAUCAGCAACACCCUUCCCCCAAUACCGGACACUGCCAGCAGCAAUCCUCGAGAUCUGGAGCCGGAUCUCGUGCAUGUCCAAAUCGACAACCCACACAAUCCACCACCGGCAUAUUCUCGUGGUGGCGGUGCUGACGACGAGGAGGAUUUCAACCCCUCGGAAUUCGGUGUGAGAUCUGCUGCUGUUGCUGGACUUUCGUUGUCCUCGUCGUCGACCGCAUCCCCAGCGCCCGCAAGCCAGGCCUAUAGGGGUAGUUAUCGUCGACACGGUCAUCAGACCAUCGGCAGCAGCAGUAGCAAUUAUAACAGAAACCGACGCGUUGCUCGCAACAACAGCGACAGCAGCAGCGAUGGAAGUGACGUUGGAACGCGACGGCUGGUUCGCGAUGGUGCAUUCAUAUGA